AUGCAUAUGGUACAAUCAGUAGUACCAUCCGCUUCUCCAUUAAUUUUGUCAGUUUACGAAUCAAACAACAAAUUUACAACAACAGAUAUUUCAAAGAGAUGGUUAUAUAUCUACAAUCAGGGUUUUAUUCAGGGUAUACGUGUAAUAGGUUUUAGUUCUGAUGGUGAUCCACGUUAUCUCAGAACAAUGAGAUUAUAUAUUCGAUUUUUUGCUGAAUUACCUAAUUUAAAUCUAUUUAAACAUAAUGAUAAUUUUGCAUGUGAAAACACUUUUCAUGUCUUUCGUGCUUUAUCAGGUCCUUAUUCAUCAAUCACCAAUUGUACUGUAAAGUCGUUUAUAAAGAGAUAUGAAAAAAUAUCGAUUAUCAAUGCAAUUAAAAGUCGUGAAGGACAAAUAAAUGAUUAUAAUUUUAAAUUUCUACAACAUCAUAAGAAUGACGAAGAAAUAUAUAAUUAUUCAACAAAUCCUAUCAAACAACUGAAUUUAACAGAAUCUGAUAUUGAAAAGAUUAUAGAAAAUGCAUUCGAAUCAGCUAAAAAAUAUGCCACAAUGGUCAACAUGAUCAGGCUAUUGAUUAAUAAAAAUACAUACACAUUACCUGAAUUAAGUCAGUUUAUAAAAAUUAAUAUAAGCAAAUCUUCGUCAAAGGUAGUAGAUUAUACAGAAGGUAUUAAUCUUGAUGAAGAUAGUGAUGAAGAUGAAUUACAAGGUGAACCAAAUGAUUCAGAAGUAGUUGAUGAUAAAGAUCAAUUAUCGACGAAUAAUACUGAUGAAGAAUAA